GAUGUAGAAGACGAAUAUGCGAUUCAUCUCCAAAUUUACUCAUCGAUCUCUCACAGCAAAUGAACAAAGGCCGAAUCUGACGCAAUUCCAUCACUGCCUUCUAAUUUCUCAACCUACCCAUUCCCGUUCAUUCAAUUUCUCCCCCUUUCUCACAAGUUUUUGAACCGUAAAUACUCAAUUUCGUUUUGGUUUACAGUAUUUCCCCYUUUUUUUCCCACCCAUUGUGUUGUAUUGUAGUACAUACUUUUUCUCUCUCGUUUUAAUUUCCGGUUUCAUUAUCGUUUCGGGGUUUUCAAUGUUUUUUCGGGGAUAGGGUCGGUGUUAGGUUUUUACGAGCUUCAUUUGCCUGAUCGAUCUGCGUGGAUACGAUAUGGGUGCCGACGGUGAUUCCAGCGAGCACCGGGUUGAGGGCGGUGGCGAUGGUGAAGAAAAAGUUGGUGUUAAUAUUCGAUGUUCUAAUGGUUCGAAAUUUUCGGUGAGGACGAGUCUUGAAUUCACGGUUGGGACAUUUAAAUCAAUUCUGGCUCAGAAUUGUGAUAUUCCAGCUGAUCAGCAGCGCUUGAUCUACAAAGGCCGCAUCCUAAAGGACGAUCAAACCUUGGCCAGUUAUGGUUUACAGGCAGAUCACACUAUCCACAUGGUUCGUGGCUUUGCUCAAGCUUCGUCAACACCUUCUGCACCUGCUUCUAAUGCUAAUAAUAUAAGUUCCGAAGCUGCUCCUGGUGUAACAAGAGGUGUUGGUUCCACCGAGGGUGGUGCUUUUGGAAAUGCUGGCCUUGGUGCAUCUUUAUUUCCUGGUCUGGGUUUUAAUCCUCUUGGUGGAGGUGGAGGUGGAGCUGGACUUCCUGAGUUUGAGCAAGUGCAACAACAGUUGACUCAGAACCCAAAUAUGAUGAGGGAAAUAAUGAACAUGCCCGCAAUUCAGAAUUUGAUGAAUAAUCCCGACUUGAUGCGGACCUUAAUAAUGAGCAAUCCUCAGAUGCGGGAUAUUAUUGACAGGAACCCCGAGCUUGCCCAUAUACUCAACGACCCUGGUAUUCUUCGACAGACAUUAGAGGCUGCUAGGAAUCCAGAACUCAUGAGAGAGAUGAUGAGAAACACUGACAGAGCAAUGAGUAAUAUUGAAUCUUCUCCCGAGGGAUUUAACAUGCUGAGACGGAUGUAUGAAAAUGUUCAGGAGCCAUUUCUUAAUGCAACAACGAUGGGUGGAAAUGCUGGGAAUGAUUUGAGUUCAAACCCAUUUGCAGCUCUCCUGGCAAACCAAGGUGGCGCACAAGCUAGAAAUGAGUCUAAUAAUUCUUCAACUACGGGAUCUGAAACAACAGGAAAUGCUGCUCCGAAUACAAAUCCACUUCCUAAUCCGUGGGGAGGAUCUCAGACAACAACCACACGGCCCAGUCCAGCAGGUGAUGUGACUGCAAGGGCUCCUGGCAUUGGAGGUCUAGGAGGGACUGGUCGCCCAAAUGUGGACCGUUUUGCUGGUGCCAUGCCAGAUGCUGCUCAAAUGAAUCAGUUUCUGCAAAACCCAGCUAUUUCACAGAUGAUGCAAAGCUUGCUCUCCAACCCUCAGUAUAUGAAUCAAGUCCUCAAUCUCAACCCACAGCUACGUAGCAUGGUUGAUAUGAAUCCUCAAUUGAGAGAAAUGAUGCAAAAUCCAGAAUUUGUUCGUCAAUUAACUAAUCCUGAGAUGAUGCAGCAAAUGCUAUCACUUCAGCAGUCACUUGUCUCUUCCUUAAAUCGACAGCCGUCAUCUCAAGAUUCUGCUCAAUCAGGUGCUGCUGCAGGUGUUCCUAGCACUGCCGGAUUGGAGAUGUUGAUGAACCUGUUUGGCGGACUUGGUGCUGGCGGCUUGGCUGUUUCAAACAAUCCCAACGUGCCCCCAGAAGAACUAUAUGCAACUCAGCUUUCACAGCUCCAAGAGAUGGGUUUCUUCGACACCCAAGAGAAUAUCAGGGCUCUACGCGCUACUUCCGGGAACGUCCAUGCUGCUGUCGAGCGACUGCUGGGAAAUCCCGGGCAGUAAAUGAGGAGAUCUACCUUUUUCUCGUCUUGAUAUUGAAUUGGGAUUUGUUAUGCAGACAUGUAAUAGUGAAAAUUUUAGAUCUACAGACAAAACAGGUGCACAUGGAAGAGACACAGGUUAUGAUUUGGAAUCUGAAUAAUUGAAGUGCCCCAUGAGAUAGAGAUAUAUAGAGACGUGGAUAUUAAGUUAUGGAUUACUAUAUUAAAUUUGCUGCUCCCUUACCCCAUCCCCCCACCUCCAAAAAAGACUUGUACAUACAUUUGAAAUGUUUCAAAUUUUAUGGGAACUUGAUCAGCAGCAGUCUUUGAAAUCUCA